UAGCGGCGCGGCGCGGCGCGGCGCGUCCUGUGCGGGCCCAGAGCCGCCCUGCCCCCCCGGUCCCCAAUGCCGCGGAAGGCGCUGGUCUGCGCCCUGGAGCUGGAGCUCCGCUCGAUAACUUGCCCUGGAGUAUUGCUGAAAGACAAAAGUGAACUCUAUCUCAGCGCCUGUGUGUUUGGACAGUACAAAAGGACUCAAUGUGUCCCUGCAGCAUUUCCACUCUUCUUAGAAGAGAAACUAGUAUUUGAAAAGGUAUUUACUGAUGUAGUUGAUCCUGGAAAACUUGUUGAGCUACUUCAAUUUGACACAGCAGUACUUGAACUAAUACAGCUUGUUCCUCCAGUGGGAGAAAUUCUAGCCACUUAUGAAGAAAAUACAAGAGAUUUCCUUUUCCCUGAUCCUAAGCUUACUCGUGGGCACCAUGGUUCAGAUCGUGAAGUUUUAAUGAAGCGGUCUUCUAGUUUUACAGGAAUUGCACCAAAAUUGAGAUUUUCUACCAGCUCCCUUAUUACAGAAAGCCUGUUAAGUUCAGGAAGGAUUCAUGUACAGGAUAAUUUGGAUCGGGUGCAUCAUUCAGCUCCAAAUGGAAGAUUACAAACAAGGUCACCAAAGAAAAACACCUCUUCACCUGAGAAAAACCGACACUGCUUAGCAACAAAGAACUAUGAGCAGCCCACAAUAGCUUCUAAAUCACGAUCUCCAUCUCCAUACACAAAAAGACGAAUGUGUGAGCUAUCGGAAGAAGCCAGACAACGACUGGCCCAUUUAAAUCUAGGGCCUUUUGAAUUCAGAAGAGAAACCGAUAAACCUCCAUUUGUAGUUAGACAUAUUGAACAUCCGAGCCCCACUGUUGAUGAUCAUACUUGGCGUCCUACCAGAGACAGUGGGCGAGAAGGUUGGUCCAGGGUAUCUUAUAAUCCUUCUCUUCUUGGCAGCUAUAGACCCAAGCAUACUAAAGAUGAGAGUAACUCAUCAAAAGGAGACUCAAGUAAGACAAGAGACGUUUCGUGUAAAGACUCAUUAUGUGGCAGUGAACUACAGAGCAGUUCAUCAGCUCAGCAGAACACCACCGUUCACUUGGAUAAUGGUGAAUAUUGGUCCAACCGUGCAGCUGUGUACAAAGGAAAACCCCACAGAGCUGUCUUUGAAGACAGCCUGGAGAAAAUAUACAGAAACAUGUACAAAAAAGCUUGUGGCACCAUUUCAAAAAGAAAAAUACAUUCCUGAUAGCAAUACAAACAGAAAUGUACAGUGCACAAGGUUACUAUUUUUAAUGAGAAUUAUUUUUGUGUAACAAAUAUUUGUACUCUAUUUUUUAACAGGGAAUGUUCACUGGGAAGAACUGUUAUGGGCUAGUGGGGCUUUGAGGCUGGGACCCCAAAAGCAAAAUCUUAAAAUAAAAAGAAAGUCCGAAACAAUUAAAGUUAAACAGGUGCAUUGUUCCCUUAAGAAGCUAGGAUGGUGCUAUUUCACCCACCCCUUCUUUGUCCUUUUCAGUUCUGAAGCAGGCACUGAGUAAAGUGGAUCUUCCUAUCCAUCAUCAGUGCAGGCUUUGAUUGCAGCCAGCUCUGUUUUAGUUAUUAGCAAUUUAAAUAUAGGUGGUUGAAAGUGAAACCUGCCCCAGUGUUUAAAGAGCUAGUGAGAUGAUCAUAGUACGAUACUAUCUAUUUGGAGGGAUUUUUUUAGAAGGAUAAUGUCUGCUCAUUCCAGGUGUAGAAAUGGAGAAGGGAAAAAUUCUGAUAGUUAACUCUUGUAGCUGUGUUUAAAGUGUUUCUCAGCACUCUCAGCCAUGACAUUUCUAUUAAUGUCAAGCUCUUUUGAAAAUAACUAUCUAUAUAUUGUAAGAAAGCAUCUCUUCUUCUUUUUCAUGCAUCCCAAUGUAAUGAUCUCUACAAGUUUCCAGGAUCACUUUUGGAGCUCGUCAGCUAGAGCCAGAUGCCCCAUGCAAGCAUUAUGAAGUCCCUGCAUCACAAUCCCACCAUGUUUGGAGCCCAUCCUUACUAGCCUGCUGGGGAUGUAUUGGCAGAAAUUGCAUCUUUUCGUUAAAGGCCACCAAAUGUUUGGCAGUAGUUAGAUGCUCUCCCUGGAGAGGGAACCUUUUCAGCCUCACAUUGAACAGCUCCCACAUUAACAGACCAGGGCAAGCUGCCCAUCUGAGUGAUUUAAAAGGGCAAGCAUGUCCAUCUCCUGCUUGUUUCUCCCAUUUCAAAAGGAAAUGUGUAUCCUGGCGCAUUCACCACAGAAGCAGGCAGCGGGGACAGAUUCAGUUACACUGGUGCCAUCUUAUAUCUUCCUUUUGGACAAAGGAUAAAACUAGUUGUAUAGAUGGCAGAAAUCUAGGACUGUAACCUGCCAACAUACGGGGAUAGACUAAAUGUUGGCUUACUGCAAUCCAUGCUUUAAUACUAAGAUCACCUAAUUGAUUUAAGGAAGCAGCCUGUGAACGAGUAAGUCAGGUGGAGAACGCACUGAAAAGCUGUGCAGCGCAGCUCCAGGAAAGGGGGCUUUUGAAGGAAAUGUACUGAAUACAGGCAUUUCUGCUCCUGGUAACAGCUAAACCAAUUGCUGGAUUAACAGCUCCAUGUUCCUGGCCUUGGUCAUGCUUGGCCAUUGCAGUGCUUUAGAUUUUCAGAGUGCAAAACAAAGAUUAACCAGUUAUUUAAUCCUCACAACAUCCUAUAAUGUAGAGGAGCAUUAUUAAGUUGCUUUUUAGAGCUGGACAUGUACAGCACAGACUUAUCCAAAGCUUGGUACUCACCAGCACAGCAGGGUUUAGAAUGUACAAGUUUCUGGGUCCUAGCCCUGUGCUCAACCAUUAAAGUGGGCUGCUUUUCUGUGGCUCUGGUCCCUAUUGGUCUGUACUACAAUAGUUUCUUAAUAGAUAAAAUUGACCAAUGAAAAGAUGGCAGGAAGAAACCAGGAAGACCAUCAUGAAAAGCCAAGGCAGAAUUUGAUUGGCUCUCUGCAGCAUGUGACUUAGUGUUACCCAACCAAAAUCUACAUUGCAAGUGCAAGUUGAAAUGUUUUCCUGAUGUGAAUGAGCACUCAGUCAUGAGUCCUGUCUUCCUGCCCAUGCAGUCAACGCCUCCUUGUUCAGUACACCCUCCUGGCCUGAACCAAGUGUCAUAGCUAAGUGAAAACUGUAAGCAUACACUUUACUACUGUUCAGGUAACCAGAGCAAAGCUGGUGUUUGCCCUAGGCAUGCUAGACCUGCAGGACAUGAAGCAUGUGCUGUGUAUGCACACACUCUGUGUGCCUUACCUUGACUGUUGUCUAAAAUUUUUUAGCAGCCGCAAGCAUCCUUCACAGUCUCAGCAGGAAAGGGGUAAUUGUGGUGUAGGGACUGCGAAUAUUUUGGAUAUCACCUGCUAUCCUUUGUUUUGCACCUAGGCCCAUUCUCUCUCCAUGAUAUAGGAGUGCUACUCACCACUACCCAUCUCUGGUGGUUCAGCCAGUUAGUUACUGAUUUGAGCCCAAUUAAACACAUAGGAGGUGCUGAACAUACAGAGUUGCCAUGUCCUUGUGUGUGAGACUGGUGACCCCAGCCCCACAUUUGCAGCCAGAAAAUUGAGGAAUAGGGGAAGACGGGAGAGAGACCCACCAUGAGAAGUCAGGAUAAUGAGUUGGAGGAUAGAAAGAAAGUGUGGGCUAAAGGGGCAGGAGUUUGGUGAGAAAGACGAGGCUGUAAUUUAAGUUCCAUUUUAGCUUGAUUGACAGGUGGCAAUCCUGGUUCUUUAAAUUUUGGGGGAACCUACAGGCUUGCUUAGUCUGGGCUUCCUUUAGGAAGAAUGGGAAAGGAAAAGAAGCGUUCAUAUUUGAAUUUUACUGGAUAGGAAUAUUCUCCAUAUGAAGUUUUGCUAUAUAAUAUAACUUGCGCUAUAAAUUGUAUGGCCACGCUUUGGCCCCGCUCCUAUCAUGUGUAGAUGUUCUGCCUCUUAGAAUCAGCUAGUAUCAUCAAUAUCAGCUAACCACCUCUCUGAUAGCAGGAUUGUGCUUGUAAUACGUACUCCAUGACAUAGCUAAGGGUUUUCUUCCAAACCCUGUAUUGGAGUCCAUUUCUGUUGUUAGGGGGAAACUUGUAUGCAAAAUGUGACUUAAGAGUCAAGUUACACAGCUCUGUCCAUUUGAAAUCUGCAAGCCACUUUUAAAACAAGUGUUUGGCCCCCUCUCCUGUUCGUGUGCUUGGCUAACCUUCUAUUAAUAUGCAUAUAGCUCAAGUGCAAAGAAGACUGAUUCUCCUCUGCUACUGCAGUAUGCGAUAAGUAUAGUUUCAGGCAGUGAACCAACAUAGUAAUAAACUGCGAUUGUUUCGUGCACCUUGCCUUCUAAUACAAUUUAAAUCCCUUCUAUCAAAUGCAAAUUUCUAGGUUCCUGAGCAAAGCUUUAAAUAGCAUUUUCUUGCUCAAUCCUUAUCUUUGCCAUCCACAAAGUGGUGUGUUAGUGACAGCAGGAUGGCAUAAUUCCACCACUACCAUUUUGCCUUCUAAAGGAAAACUGCCUACUCAAAUCUAGAAAUAAUGGGAUAGAUUAAGAGAGAAUUAGAGUUUAUUGCAUUAGUCUUCUUUAUUUCUUUUUUUCCUCCCCUGAACUGUCAUAGCCCAGGAGUAUUCUAACCAGACUUUAUUUGCCUUUUUGGUAUUGUGUGUGACACAAAAUGUAAUCAGCAUAAUAUUUUAAUCACUUUUCUUUUAGUAAGUCAAACUGAGGCUACCUUUGUCUCAACUCCCACUGGGGCAGAAACUUAGUUUGUGCAAAUACAAACAGUGGGUCGCAAUCACAAGUCAGGCUCUUUGCUAAAUAGCAGUCACUUUAAAAAUCCCUCAGCAUUGCCUUGUAGUUAUUAACAAGUGGAAGUGUCAAGCUCUUUAAGGAUCAGCAUUAUCUAGCUUCCCAGCUAGAAGGAUAGAAGCGCUGGCUUGGUCCCUUGAGAAUGUCAGAUGGAGCGGACGAUGUGGAACACCUCAGAUAAUGAAGACACUGAGAAUUUUUAGGCUCAAAAUUUGAACUUCUUUAAACUCAUUUGAUGAGGAAAGUGCUCCAGGUUCUCUGUACUGUAUGUAUUUUGGGUUUUUAUAGACUAGCUCUUCAAGAUUUCUUCACUUGAAGUUUUCGGUGAGUCACCAGAAAACUAAGAAAUCUGUUAAAAGAAGCUAGUCUUCUUUGAGGUGUGUCCCUGUGGAUGCCUCACUUCAGGUGCACGUGCACCCGUGCCUCUGAUCAGAGAUUUUUUGGUAGCAGUGCCCAUUCAGACUUCGCCUGCAUCCUACACAUCCACAUGCCCCAUUCUGAGGCUAUAUAGGGCUGUGUGAGUGCAGCGCCUUCGGUCCUUUCUCACCCACCUUCCCUUCACAAGCUCCUGGCCAUAUUGCAGACUUCUUCAGCACAGGCGGCGCUGCCAAUUAAUGAUGCUGUCCUUGAGCCACCCCAGACCAUCUGGAAAACUCCAGCAGUGGCACCUCCUACAUGCAAGGAUGCCAGUAAAAAAAUUCUACCUUCCCAGCCAGGGAUUCUGAGUUUUUGUUUUCACAUCCGGCAUCAAAUUGUCUAGUCAUGGACACAGUUAAUGAAAGGAGAAGUCAGCAUAUUUCUAAAGCUACCCCGUAUAACAAGGGCCAGAAGUGGCUGGAGUUUUUUGGUCAGAAAAGCUACUCUUUGGCAACAUUACAGUUUGGGAUUGUGAAUCACCAAGCACCGAUGUUGAAAUGUAACUACCUGAAUUAUGAGACGUUUUCCGUAUAGCACCAUAAUAAAGGAGGGUCAGCUCGUGGCAAAGACAUCUUUGCAGGCUUUACUUGAUGUGGUCAACACUGCAUCCAGGUCUAUUUCCACUGCAGUAGUGAUGUGCAGACUACACAGGCAGCUCACCUCAUUCCCUAAAUGACUCUAGGUCUACACUUAAGUUCCUGGAAAUGUACAUGCCUGCAAAUAAAAAGAAAUUCAACAGGACUCAGUCCGUGCAAAGAUCCCAUCUUGCUUAAUGUUCCACUCUCCGUAGACCAUCUGAACUGCUGGCUAAGAGGUCAAGAUUUUCUAAAAAGGAGCCAGUGACUAACUUGAAUACUUCAUCCGAGCCCGUCAACAUUUCCCAAACUUCACUUUUUGUGGGUUUGGUUGGGAGUUUGAACCACCUGAUAGGGUUUCUUGGCUACACUAUUCCACCCUUUUCCCUUAAUUUGGACACUGUCUCUUGCUAUACCAACAGGUUACUGUCUCCCAUGGAUCAGACAAAGGGGUAUCAGUCGCUGUUACUUCUGGUUAUAUGAUCCAAUUUAUCUCCAUCCUCCCCUUCCACCUGCCUUUUCCUUCUUUCUUCAGGGACCUUCUCACGAUCAAUUGCUGACAUGAGAUCACAUCGCUGUGAAGUCAAAGGGCUAUAAAACCAGUUCCACUUCAGCCCAAAGGACAAGGGCUUUGUCAAAGGUAUAUUCCGUUACCCAAGGAAAACGGGUUGGAGGCCAAAAGUAGAUCUCAAACAAUUGAUUAAAUACGUCAAGACAUCUGAAAUUCAAAAUGAUGUUCGUAGUAGCUAUAAUUUCCUCCCCCAAAUCCAGGGACUGGUUUGCAACUCUUGACCUCAAAGAUGCUUACUUACGUCGUGCAAUUUAUUCCUCUCUCAAAAGAUUUCUUCAUUUCAUAGUCAUUCACCAACAAUUCCUACCCUUCAGCCAUUCUUCCGCCCCAAUGUUUUUCUCAAAAAUAAUGGUGGUUGUAGCCGCUACCUGCAUCAUCUAGGAAUAAGUCUGUCUGUGCCUCGGCGACUGGCUCCUCGAAGGGCAGUCUUAUCAGGAGGUGUUGUCAGCAGUUUAAACAACAAUUUCACUUUUCCACAAUGUAGGCCUACAAAUAAAUAUUGAGAAAUGGCCUUGACCCCUAUACAGCAUAUAUUUUUUUUAUAGCAGUGUUUUUGGGUUCGGUGAUGAGCAAGUCUCCCGACGGGUUCCUCACUCUAUCCAAAGAAUGCAGUUCAGGCCUCAAAUACCAGCUAGAACAUGACUGCAGCUUCUGGGUCAUCAGGUAGCUUGUGUUUUUGUAACAUAGAACACUAGGUUACAUCUUCAGUGUGUCCAGGAGUGACUCUCAGAGCAGCAUAUAUAUUCAACAAAGAGUCUGAAAUGAUACUCAGCCAUUCACCUGGUGGAAGGAUCCUUGCAAGGUUUGUGCAAGAAUCCUGUUCAUCCAGCAUCCUCCUAUGGUCAUAAUAACAUCGGACUCUUCUCUCUUGGGCUGGAGAGCACAUUUGAGUCCUCAUGUGUCCCAAGGCAAACGGUCACAACAAGAACAGUGCUUGCACAUGAAUCUCCUGGAAUUGAGGGUGGUCAGAAAUGUUUGCCGCCACUUUCUUCCCCUAAUCAAAAACAAGUCAAUCAAGAUCAUGAUGGACAACAUCUCUUGUAUGUAUUAUAUUAUUUGUCAUUGGGGAGCGUGUUCCCUCUCGCUCUGCACCGAAGUGAUAAAGAUUUGGAAUUGGUAAAUAGUCAACCAGAUAUUUCAGCUUCUUACUUCCCAGGUAUACAAAACACCAUGGCAAAUGAUGUCAGCAGACAUUUUAUCCUAAAUUGUGAAUGGGAGUUGGACUUGUGAGUCUCUACAAAAUAUUCCUAAUUUGGGGGUUUCAAGAGGUUGACUUUUGCACCACUGCAGCCAACACGGAGUGCAAAAAAAUUAGCUCCAGAGGAGGACUCAAGCCUUUAUCUCUAGCAACCACCUUUCUCAUUACAUGAACAAAGGGUCUUAUUGAUGCUUAUCCACUGUUUCCACUGCUUUUAAAGGUUUUCAGCAUGAACAGGACCACGCCAGGGACAUUUUGAUUGCACCAACUUGGCCAAGGCAGGUUUGGCUUCCUUACCUCAUCGAACUCACCUCUUGCCCUCAGUUCUCAACUAUUGUUUCAAAAUGCAGGUCAAACACUUUUCCCCAGUCUGAAUGUUCUGCAACUCCAGGCACGGUUCCUCAAUGAUUCUUGGGAUUAGAGGUGUCCUGUUCAUCAGGAGUACAACCUAUACUGUUAAGUAGCAGGAAAAAAUCUACAAGAUGCACUUAUCUCCAGAAAUAGAGAAGGUAUAGUCUUUGAUGUAACCACUUUCAUCACUCACCUGUCCAGUCAUCUCUUUCCACAGUCUUGUAUUUACCUGUUGGAACUGAAGGUAUGAGAUCUAUCUGAGAGUUCCAUCGAGGUUCGCUUAGAAUCAAUAACAACUUUCUGCUCACCAGUAGAAGGUUUCUCAUUUUUCACACAUCUAACCACAAGGAGGUUCCUGAAAGGUCUUACAAAACUUUUUCUGUAAAUUAGUGAUCUGUUCUGCUUUAGGAUCUCAGUCUUGUCCUUAACUGUCUCAUGGAACAGCCCGCUGAGCCACUAGCUACAUGCUCUCCGUUACAUUUGCCUAUGAAGAUGUCCUUUUUGGUGGCCAUCACUUUUGCUUGAAGGGUUGGGGAGAUUGGGACUCUAAUGGCAGGCCCUCCAUUUUCUGUGUUCUUCAAGGGCAAGGUAUCAUUACAACCCCAUCAAAAACUUUUACCUAAGGUUUCUUCUGAGUUUUUCACAUUAACCAGACUAUUCACCUUCCAGUUUUCUUUCCAAAGCUGCAUAAGACAAUACCCAAAGCCACCUUCCAUACACUAGAUGUUAAAAGGGCAUUGACCUUUUACUUGGACAAAACUGAACCAUGAACCAUUCAGGAAAUCCCCUAGACUUUUGCUGUCAUUGCAGACAGGCCUAGGGGAUCCACCAUCUCCAUGCAGUGACUCUAAAUGGAUCUCUGAAUGUAUUCUUACCUGUUACAGUUUGGCUGAUCUCCAACCUCUCCUACAAGGAACUGCACAUUCUACUCAGUCACAGUCUACAACUGUAGCCCUGCUGGAGGUCGUUACAGUUGUGGAAAUCUGCAGCACUUCAAUGUGGACCUCAGUACUUGCUUUUCCCAACCAUUGUGCUUUGGGUCAUGCUGUAAGAUCAGAUGCUACAGUAGACAACCCAGUCCUUUCUUCAGUGCUGAACUCUUGUUAUGAACCUUCUGCUUCCUUAAAGGGUUAUGGCUAGCAAGUCACCUGAAGCGGAGCACCCAUAAGACACUACUCCAUGAAGGAGAAGAAGUUACGUACCAUGUGCAAUAACUAGAGUUCUUUGAAAUGUGUGUCCCCUAUGAGAGCUCCACUAAUCGCCCUCCUGCUUCAGAGUUUCCUUUGUGGGACUUUGUAGUACAGAAGGCAGUUUGCCCACUCAGCCCUAUAUAAGCUCGGACACAGGGCGCAUGCGUUGGAUGAACAGGCACUUCUCCGAUAAAGGCACAGAGCGCAUUCGGAUCUGAAAUGUGUCCCCGGGGUGCUCCAUCUCCAAGAACUCCAGACACUGCACAAGGUGAGUAAUCUCUCCUUGUGGUUAGGUUAUAGAACUGGGAGCAAGAAGACUCGGGAAGUCUGUGGUGAAACACUCUGCCUCCUUGUGCCUUUGUUACCCUAUCCAUAAAAUAGGGAGACUAUACCUCUGCUACACAGGGAAAAGUGCUUAAAGAUCCUGAGAUAGAAUUUGUUACAGAAGUGAUUUAUUAUGGGGAGGUGGGGGGAACCUCACCAAGUCCCAUCUCUUAUUCGAUAAAAAGGGCUUUACUGUAGAUUUCCCAUUUUCUUUCUUUUUUUAAUCAUGUAACUCUCAAAAUUAAACAAGCACUAUUCUUGUUGAGAUGGGAGCCUGAUGUUAAAUCUGGCUGAGUCCAUUGAGAAAGAGAAUAUACAACUCUGACAGCUUGUGGCUUAGAGUCUAAUCAUUAUAAUAAAAAUCCUAGCCAACCUCAUUGGUUUAGGUUUUGACCCUGCAUCUCUAAUCCUGCAUUGUUGCUACUGGAGUCUCUUCUACACUAUACAGGUUCUUAUACUUCAUCUAUGUGUAUAUACAUAUGCAUACGUAUGCUGUGCUAUUAAUUUAUCUUAGUAGAGUCAAGGUCAAAAUGUGCCUUGCACCUAGAGUGGAAGGUGGCGAGUCAUUCUAUCACUGUAUAAUCUUCGUCUUCCUAAAUCCUAAACUUGAUGUUAUUUUAGCAACACUGAACUGUGCAAAACAAAAUUUUGCCAGUGGCCUCAGUAUAUAAAUACAAUAAUCUAAUAGAAAGUCUUUGGAUCACGUGAAGUCUGACAACUGUCUUAAUUAAGACCGUAUGAGUUUACUUGCCUGACUAAGAGAUAAAAUUUAUCAGAGAUUAUUAUUGAGAAGAUUUAAAAGUUGGAAUUAGCUGUGGAGUGUGACAGGGACUUUUGAGCUUUUUUUUCUCUAAAAAGUUUAUGGGGAAAACCUUGAAACUUUUUAGAAGUCAGUGACCAAGCUCUUCUACAGCAAUAAAACCACUAGAAGCCAGCCUUUGGGGAUGACUUGAAUUAACUACCUCGCUGAUGGAGAUGAUGCAGUAAAGAGGGAAGCCUUUUUAGACCAAGUCCUAUGUCCCAUAACAAACGCACCCUAAUCACCUACCACCCUUGUAGUUUCAUGUGCUUGCUUUGUGAGGGAAACCUAUUUUGAAAUCCAGAAUAAUUUUCUGGAUGAAAACCUGUAGGAAAUGUAAACCUUACCUUUGGCAUAUCAACUUCAGAGGUCAUGCAAGCUUUCUGCUGUGGAUUCCCAUCCAGUCAGGAUGGUUGGUUUUGAUCUAACAGAGCUGUGGGACCUAGCCAUCUGAAACCACUUUCCCCAUGAUGCUCCAUUAUGACGGCUGCUAUCAGCUGAGCUACUCUUGCUAUGGUCCCUAGCUUUGAAAGCUUUUAGGUCUAGAGUCCGACAUGUUUUGGAGAGUCUUUGGUUUUAGAACUUUCUCUUUGUUCCUCAGAGUUUGCCACCUUUUAGGGCAUAGGGUGGAGUGCUGUUCGUUGGUCAGGCUUUUACUUAACUCUGUGGAAUUGCUGGGGAGGCUUUUCUUAGAAUGCGUUGAGGUGACACAAAAGGAGGAGAUCUUUGGUCAGUCUGUUGGGGGCAGUUUAAUGUGUUGCUUUCCAUAUGCAUCAGCGCACCCAGAUGCCACGGAUGAGGGGUUUAUAAAAUAGUCAUUUAAAUAAAUCACUUGAAAGUAACACAGGCAAUAUCCAGUUCACCGAACUUUUGUAGAUUGGAUGCUUAUGUUUAGAUCAUUAAACCAACUGGAAUUUUUUGGACUUUGAG